AUGAACCCUGCAACGAAGCUAUGGAGGGGUGCGGCGACAGUGAAGACGGUGAGCCAGAUGAGGUUCAACUCGACGGAGGCCGGCCAGAAGGUGGUUUCUCCUCACAUUGGCUUUUACAAGACGUUCGGGAGACCGAUCGCGAAAGUCCUGCUUAUGGCGACUUUUACAUACCAGCUGGCGUAUUGGGGAUGGGUGUACUUGGAAAAGGAUGAGAUCAAGAAGGAGAAGACUGCAGAGGUCCAGCAGUUGGAGAAGCAAUUGGGAGAGUUGACGAAGAAGGAGAUCAAGAUCAAGAAGCCUUGA